AUGCAGCACAACCAGGUCCUCACGCAUGCUAUCUCCGAGGACCUGUUCGAGUCUGCCGUUCCCGUGCCAGGAAGCAAAAAGAAAAGAAUGGUAUACCCAUUAGCUCCUGUGCAGUCACCUAUGUUCACAAUGAGCGAAUACGAGUCUCAAUUCGAAGUCGUCCAAGAAAAAUUGAAAGAGAUUGUGGACAAGGACGAGGUGCUGCGACUCAGAGACAACUUUUAUUGCCACAGCGGAUCCAAGAGAUUCCGGAAAUCCGUCGCUGGCUCGACAAAUAUGCCGCCACCUUUUCGUCUCGUUUACUGGGCCGACAACUGCAAUCCAUAUGUACGCUGUGCUUCUGAGACGGCAUUGCAAGCUUCAUUCACCUAUAGCUCAACCUUCUGUGGUUCGCCUGUGAGCUUCAAGGGGCGUUCUGCUACAUUGGCCCUGACCUUGGAGGUUGACUCCGUGGACAUUGUUUUGACUGCUGGCCACCUCAAGGGCCUACAAGAAGACCUUUCGGAGAUCUCUGCGUCAUCAUACCCUGAAGGCAGUGACUCGGAUCAGCUUACCUUGAAUGAAGAUGACUAUGUUGAGGUUGGUCCGCUCUGGGUUGAUGAUGACGAUGAAUACGAAGUGGAAGCAGUCGCACUACAACCUUUACCGCCGCAAUCACUUCCGUUGGACUGCCGCAGGCCAGAAUGUACCGACAGCAAAGUAAUGUUACCGCUCCAAAUGAUGCGGCCCAAGGAGCUUUCUGUUGAUCUUGGUCCCAAUGCGCCAGAUCUCGACUGGAUGCCCUUAGAAUGCGACUACAGCACCUUGCGAUCUCGGCGUCGUAAUCUCAUCUACCUCCCAGAUCAGCCCGAGCCCAUAAUGCUCAAGCAGAUAGCAAACGAGCCGAGGAUUCAUGCUGUUCCGGUCUUUGUGGUAUCAGGUGUUCGAGGGGUCAUUAAAGCUGUCCUCCCCGGAGAAAGCGGCUCCCUUGUCGUGGACCAGGAUACCUUCUCAGUAUACGGUCACGUCGUAGGGUCUGACCGACUGGGAUAUGCACUAGUCGUCCCGCUCUGCGAUACUAUCCGGCAGGUCAGGUCUGCAUUCAAAGCGACGUCUGUACAUCUGCCACAGGAGGCAAAACCUGUUUCUGCCGCGUGCUUCUGCGAUCGGGAGCGCUAUGGGCGAUGGCCUGGAAGUCCACUAAGCCAAGAACCGCAUGAGCGGCCUGUGGCAGGAAAUCUCUGUACGGAUUUAACUGGCUCUGAGAUGAGCCUCUUCCCUAGACCGCACUUCCCGAGGAUGGUGUUUAUUCGUGAUCAUAGCAUAUUUGACACCCAGAGCAGACAAUUCGACUCUGCGCCCACAUCAAAGGAGGAAAAUUCUGCUGGAUCGCCACGGAGGUCUUUGCCAGAGGAGGUUUUAGAAGAACUUUCCAUAGACCAGGGUCUACCGAACCUCGUCGAAUUUUGGAAGACCACUACACCACCAAGGAUAUCCACAGACAUCCGCGAAUUUUGGGAGAGUCUGAUGAAACUGGCACAAGGAUUACAUGCGAUACAUGAAACGAUUACCGAUGACGACCCGAGAGCACCACACAUGGACAUCGAACCACGAAACAUUCUGGUGUCCACCAGAAACGACCGCCCUCACUUCAAGUUCGCCACGAUGGGCUUUGAGCCCAGCCAAGAGCCAACUGUGAAGGCAGCACAACGUUCAGCCUCUAGGCGCUCACAGUCUUUCUCGCCAUGUGCACAACUCGAUGUGUGGUCACUUGGCUGCGUUUUCUCUGAGGCUUUAGCAUGGUCUCUUGGUAGUUCCGAGUUUGUACACGAGUUUGAAUAUCAGAGAGCCUCAACUAGAAAGGUAUCUGCUGGACUCGAACUCCAAGACAUGCUUCAUGAAAAGCGGCGUCGAGUUCAUUGGCCACCAUUAUGGGCAGCUGACGGCUCGAUGCCAGAAGUAAUGGAAGCCGAAUUGAAAGACAAGGCUAGGCAAAAAGGAGAUGUCUUCGCGCCCGCUCUACUACCCGUCAUCAAACAAAUGCUGAAACCACCAGAAGAGCGACCGAGCGCUAUAGAAGUAUACAUAUGGUCGAUGGAGGCGCUGUCCAAGGCUGCGAGCCAGCCACACAAGGAAGUCUCCGUGGGAGAAGUUAUACAAUGGAUUCAUGGCCGGAAGAAGUCUUGCUUUCUUCGAAGGGCUGACUGUCUCCAAGAGCUCUACUCUUUCGGAAGGCGUAGUUCUAAAGGCUUCAUGGACGGACAAUCGGGCCCAGGCGAGAUAACCGAAAGCGAGUACAUCGCUGCAAGGGGCAGAUUGAAGGAUCGAGAACAGGUCUUCCUCGUGGAUGAUUCAAGCUCUAUGAAGUGCCAUUGGGAAGAAGUCACGAGAACCCUCCGCGCUCUGGCUUACAUCGCAAAGAGCGUGGACCCGGAAGGCAUAGAACUUUGCUUCUCUUCGUCCCCAGAAGAGCAGACCUGGCCAAAAUCGAGACCAAUCACCGUAUACGUCUUGACCGACGGCAAAUGGAUCAACUCCUCCCCAGAUUGGCAAGGAAGGUUGGAGCAACAAGUUGCGUCACUACCAAAUGACCUUCGUCGUGGCCAAUUUUCCAUCCACUUCAUACAUUUUGGAAGUCAGAAUACGGAACCAACAAACUGGCAACCCGGAAAUUGUGAACUCAGGAAUCAUCAUACCGAAGGUCACGAGAUAAUCUACGAUAGAAAUGAGCGCAACCCUCGUGUGAGCGAGCAUGACUGGUCUACAUGGGAUUUUUUUGAAUGGCUUUGGGUCUUCAAGGUAUCUAUGAUUCAGCUGCCUGCUUUUAGAAGACUUCAGAAUAUACCAUCUUCCUCACAUGGCCUGGUCGUUUGGUUUGGCCCUAUCCGAUCUUUGAGCAGGCUUUCCUCGCCUGGUUUCAGAUGGUCGGACAUCUACAUCUCUCUAGAAGAUCUUAUGACCACACAUUCUUGA